UGGUGAACUUCUGCUCCUAGGUGUAUCUAACUAGAAUAGACAGUUUGCCUGAUACCCACUUCCCUAAUUUCUUGAUAUAAACAAACUCCAAUCUACAGUCUCUCUUCUCAAUUCCAUUUGACAAUAACAAUGGAAAAAAGUACAUGGGAAUCUGUGAUUGAGAUUACCAAAUCUUUCCAACAAAAGGGUAGUGACCCUAUUUUGUGGGCAAUUCAAGUUUCUUCCUAUCUAAAUUCUGCAGCCAUUUCUUUACCUUCCAUUGAACUUGCUCAUACUUUGGUGUCCUACAUUUGUUGGGAUAAUAACGUUCCUGCGGCAUGGGAGUUUCUAGAUAAAGCCCUUGUCUUGAACUUGGUUCCUCCUUUGUUUGUUGUUUCUCUUCUUUCUACUAGGGCCAUUCCAUGCCGCCAUUCUCGGCCCUCUGCAUAUAGGCUUUACAUGGAAAUUUUGAAGACAUAUGCUUUUGAUUUGAAGUCUCAGAUGACUGAACCUAAUUUUGGAAAGGUCAUGAUGUCGAUUGAGAAUGUCCUUUCUCUUCCUCAGAUAUUUGGUUCACAAGCUAGUGAACCAGGGGUCAUUUUGGUUGAAUUUGUCUUUGCAACUGUGUGGCAGCUGCUUGAUGCACUGAUAGAAGAUGAGGGGUUACUGGACCUUACCACAGAAAAGAAAUCUGUUUGGGCGAUUAAUGCUCAAGAGAUGGAUAUCGUUCCUUUUGAUAAUGACGAAGAGAAGAAGUUUAAACUGCUUGAAAAAUUCAGAAGCUUAAAUACUGAUGCAGCUGUUGAGAUUAUUGGAAAAUAUUUUCAAAAUAGAGUUAGCUCUCGAAUUCUUUCCUUGGUACGCCGUAACAUGCCAAAACACUGGGCAGCUUUUACUGAGCAACUAGAGCUCCUUGCAACAAACAUGUCAACAUUGAGGAAUCCAAAUAUUUUAAGUCCCAAAAUGCUUCUUAAACUGAUUUCUGAUGCUACAAAAGUAUCAUCCUGGGAGUACAAAAUGUCUUUGGAUGAGUUUGCAGCUGAAUUGGCUUCCAGAUCAGUAGCUUCUUCCGCUCAUUGUCAAGAGACUAGCCAUUCUGAUCUUUGGCUUCCUUUAGAUGUGGUUCUGGAGGAUGUCAUAGACGGAUCUCAAGUUACAGCAACAAGUGCUGUUGAGAUUAUUACCGGUAUAGUGAAGUCCCUUCAAGCAAUUAACAAUACCUCCUGGCAUGAUACAUUUCUAGCCUUGUGGAUUGCUGCUUUACGUUUCGUUCAAAGGGAGCGGGAUCCAAUAGAGGGGCCAGUUCCUCGGCUUGAUUCUCGAUUGUGUGUUUUGUUGUCCAUCACUACGCUAGUGCUUGUUGAUCUCAUAGAUGAAGAGGAAAAUCCACUUGAUGUUUCAGAAAUUUGUCCCUCUAAUAAUUGGAGAGGAGAUGAUGCUUUCACACGCCGCAAAGAUUUAGUUUCGUCCUUACAGAUACUUGGCGAUUAUCAAUCCUUGCUGACCCCACCACAAUCUGUUGUUUCUGCUGCCAAUAUGGCUGCUGCAAAAGCUAUGAUGUUUGUUUCAGGCAUUGAUGUUACUGGUGGAUUUUUUGAGUGCAUCAAUGUGAAAGAUUUACCAAUCCACUGCUCUGGGAAUAUGCGCCACCUAAUAAUUGAAGCUUGCAUUGCCAGGAAUCUGCUCGACACUUCAGCAUAUUAUUGGCCGGGCUAUGUGAAUGGUCAAAUCAAUCAGUUUCCUAGUCGUGUUCCUUCUCAAGUCCCUGGUUGGUCAUCAUUCAUGCAGGGAGCUCCGCUUAGUCCUGUAAUGAUCAAUUCUAUGGUCGCAACUCCUGCUUCAAGUUUAGCAGAACUGGAAAAAAUAUUUGAGCUUGCAGUGAGCGGAUCCGAGGAUGAGAAAGUAUAUGCAGCAACAAUUCUUUGUGGAGCAUCCUUAAUUCGGGGCUGGAAUGUGCAGGAGCAUAGUGUGUAUUUUAUUACUAUGUUGCUGUCUCCACCCAUUCCCUCUGAUUACACAGGAGAAGACAGCCAUCUUAUACCGUAUGCACCAAUGCUUUAUGUCCUUUUGGUUGGAAUAGCACCCGUUGACUGCGUUAAGAUCUUCUCAAUGCAUGGCUUGGUUCCUCAACUUGCUGCAUCAUUGAUGACGAUUUGCGAAGUUUUUGGGUCUUGUGUCCCGAAUGUUUCAUGGACAAUUAAUGGAGAAAAAAUAUCUGCACAUGCUGUUUUUUCAAAUGCAUUUGCUCUCCUUCUGAAGCUUUGGCGGUUCAAUCAUCCACCUCUUGACUAUGGUGUAGGAGAUGUGCCUCCAGUAGGAUCUCAACUUACUCCGGAAUACCUCCUUUUAGUACGGAACUCUCUCCUUGCAUCUUCAGGAAAUGUCUUCAAGGAUCGCAACAAAAGAAGACUUUCAGCUGUUGUUAGUGCAUCAUGCCCAAAACCCAUUUUUGUAGAUUCAUUUCCAAAGCUAAAAGUCUGGUAUCGUCAGCACCAAGCAUGCAUUGCUGCGCCUUUGUCUGGUCUAAUUCUUGAAAGUCCUGUGCAUCAAAUUGUCGAUGUUCUUCUAAGCAUGAUCUUCAGAACAAUCAAUAAAGGAGUCCAGUCUUCUGCAACUUCUGGAGGUAGCAGUUCUUCGGGGCCUGCUAGUGAAGAUAGCCAUUUAAGACCACAAUUGCCUGCUUGGGAGAUUCUAGAAGCUGUUCCUUAUGUUGUAGAUGCGUCUUUAACUGCCUGUGCUUAUGGACAGGUCACGCCUCGUCAACUAGCCACAGGACUUAAAGAUCUUGCCGAUUUUCUUCCUGCAUCUCUGGCAGCGAUAGUGUGUUAUUUUUCUGCUGAAGUUACUCGGGGAAUUUGGAAACCUGCCCUUAUGAAUGGAACAGAUUGGCCUAGUCCUGCAGCAAACCUAUCCAAUGUUGAGGAGCAAAUCAAGAAAAUACUUGCUGCCACUGGGGUAAUUGUUCCCAGUCUUGUUACAGCAGUAAGCUCUCAGGCUACCCUCCCUCUCCCUUUGGCUGCAUUUUUGAGUCUCACUAUAACUUACAAGCUGGACAAAGCAUCUCAGCGUUUCCUCAAUCUUGCGGGACCAGCCCUUGAGGCCCUUGCAGCCGACUGUCCAUGGCCAUGCAUGCCUAUUGUGGCUUCAUUGUGGACACAAAAAGCAAAGCGUUGGAGUGAUUUUCUUGUCUUCUCUGCAUCUCGUACUGUCUUCCUCCAUAACAGUGAUGCAGUGGUUCAACUUCUUAAGAGUUGCUUUGCCGCAACUCUUGGCCGGUACACCAAUCCUACUUCAAGUAGGGGUGGGGUUGCGGCUCUUCUUGGCCAUGGGUUUGGUUCUCAUUUCAAUGGGGGGAUAUCCCCCGUUGCCCCUGGAAUUCUCUAUUUACGCGUAUAUCGUGCUGUUAGAGAAAUCAUGUUUUUGGCAGAGGAGAUCAUUUCCCUCCUAAUGCAGUCUGUUCGAGAUAUAGUUGGUGCACGAGGGAAAUGUAAGCGGGUGAAACUAGGAUCAGUAUAUGGGCAGGUCUCACUCGCUGGAGCAAUGACCAAAGUGAAACUUGCAGCUUCUCUAGCUGCCAGUCUUUUGUGGUUAUCGGGGGGCCAGUGCUUGGUUCAAUGUCUACUAAAAGAAACCCUACCUUCUUGGUUCAUAAUGAUGCAGAAAUCUGCUCUAGAAGAUGAAGCAGAAGAAAUAGUUUCGGUGCUCCGAGGUUAUGCAUUAGCAUACUUUUCAGUGUUAUGUGGAGCCUUUUCAUGGGGGGUUGAUUCAUCAUCACCAGCAUCCAAACGGCGCCCUAGAAUUCUCGGGAAAUACUUGUUAUUUCUAGCAAGCGCUUUAGACGGUAAGAUCUCUUUGGGCUGUGAUUCAGUUGUUUGGCACGCUUAUGUUUCGAAGUUCAUAAGGCUGUUGAUCGGGUGCACGCCAAAUUGGGUGAUGGAAAUGGAUAGGGAUUUACUCGUACGACUUAGCAAAGGUUUGAUGCGAAGGUACGAGGAGGAUCUUGCUUUGGCGUUACUUACGGCCGGUGGGAUGAACACCAUGGGUGCAACUGCCGAGCUCAUUAUCAAAUGUGAUAGAUAACAUCGAGCUCUCUCGUAUAUCGUAUAGGAUAGUUGUGCAGUUUAUGACUACAUAUUAACUCAUUACUCACAUUUAGAUUAGUUGAAAAGCAGCUAUUCUUGUUUAACUUAGGUGUUGUUGCUGAUUUAUUUCUUUCAGUUAUCCAUUGUAAAAUUCUGAGCUCGAUAACGUUCAAAUGUGACUGAAAGCAUUAAUUAAAAGAUUGAUUCAC